UCUCUUUCAUUUCCAUUUUGCUUUCGAAAAAGGCAGAGUUGUUUGAAAUGUCUGAUAGUGAAACUGAAAAGGAACAAGAAGCAAGUGAUAAUGAAUCCGUUGUAGAAGAGUCAGCGGAAAUUAAAAAUGAAUCUGAAGACAAACCCGUUUCUUGGAAAGAUUUGGGUCUCGUAGAUAUUCUUUGCAAAGCAUGUGAACAAUUAAAAUGGAAAGAACCAUCAAAAAUUCAGAGAGAGUCCAUUCCUGUUGCUUUACAAGGAAAAGAUGUGAUAGGAUUAGCUGAAACAGGUUCUGGGAAAACGGCUGCAUUUGCUCUACCUAUACUACAGUCUCUUCUUCAGAACCCACAGAGAUAUUUUGCACUCAUUUUGACUCCAACCAGAGAAUUAGCAUUCCAGAUAUCUGAACAAUUUGAGGCAUUAGGUUCCAGUAUAGGGGUGAAAUGUGCUGUUAUAGUAGGUGGAAUGGACAUGAUGUCACAAGCUCUAAUUUUAGCAAAGAAACCACACAUUCUUAUAGCAACACCAGGAAGACUCUUAGACCACUUGCAAAACACAAAAGGAUUCAGUUUGAGAGCUUUGAAAUACCUUGUCAUGGAUGAAGCUGAUCGAAUUCUGAAUAUGGAUUUUGAAGUUGAAGUGGAUAAAAUUCUGAAAGUUAUACCUAGAGAAAGGAGAACUUUCUUGUUUUCUGCUACUAUGACAAAGAAAGUCAAAAAAUUGCAGAGGGCUUGUUUGAAUGAUCCAGUUAAGGUUGAAGUGUCUACAAAAUAUCAGACUGUAGAGAAGCUGCAGCAGUACUAUAUCUUCAUUCCGGUCAAAUUCAAGGAUGUGUAUUUAGUCCAUAUUCUCAAUGAAAUGGCUGGAAAUAGUUUUAUGAUAUUUUGCUCUACCUGCAACAAUACAAUAAGAACAGCUUUGAUUUUGAGGAAUUUGGGUUUGACAGCUGUGCCUCUGCAUGGACAGAUGUCUCAGAAUAAAAGAUUAGCUGCACUCACCAAAUUCAAGGCAAAAAAUCGAUCCAUAUUGAUAUCCACUGAUGUGGCCAGCAGGGGGUUAGAUAUUCCACACGUUGAUGUUGUUAUAAACUUUGACAUACCAACACAUAGUAAAGACUACAUUCAUCGUGUAGGAAGAACAGCAAGAGCAGGAAGAUCUGGUCAGGCUAUCACUUUUGUGACACAGUAUGAUGUUGAAUUGUACCAGAGGAUUGAACAAUUAAUUGGUAAACAAUUACCACUUUACAAAACAGAAGACGACGAGGUGAUGGCUUUACAGGAAAGAGUAGCAGAAUCACAAAGGAUAGCUAAAAUGGAAAUAAAAGAUCUAAGUGAUAAAAAGGGGAAGAGGAAAAAAGGCGGGGAUGAAGACGAUGAUACAGAGGGAGCCACAGGUGUGCGGAAAAGACUCAAAGGGAAAGGCGGAAAUAAAAAAACAGCACGGAGAAAGUAGGUAAUUGUACUUUUAUGUUAAUGUUCGAUGUUCUUAUAUAUUCUUAAUAAAAAAUUCAAUAAACCCGA